AUGGAGGCCGCGAAAAUUGUUUGGCGUGGCAUAACCAGCGGGUUUUUGACAGAUCUCAAAAGCCGCAACUGGAGCGUAUACGGCCAAUGGCUUGGUGUAGCGAGCUUCAUUCUCAGUAUUGUGUUUGGGGUCAUCAAUCUCCUGCACCUGGGGCUUAUUAUUAUCUUCUCUAUAAUCGCGCUUGUCCAGGGACUGUUGAUUUUGUUCCUGGAGGUUCCGUUCCUGCUUCGCAUUUGCCCUAUUACUGAACGUUUCGCAGCAUUCAUGAAGUUUUUCCACCAGAACUUGCCUCGUGCUGGAUUCUAUGCAAUCUGCGCGGCGAUCCAAUGGGGAGGCAUCGGCGUUCAAGCUACUUCACUGAUUGCUUGUGCUGCUGUUUACACCGUCACCGCUUUUUCCUAUUUAAUGGCCUACAUCUCCAAGCAGGAGUUCAUGACCUCAGCUACUCUCGGCGGCGACGGCGUAGUUCGCGAAAUGCUCCCCUAG